AUAAAAUGAGUUUGAAUGUUUUUUUCUUGUAGCAAAGGUUUAGUGAACUCCACCUUCCAUGAUUUGGAUAUGCUAGAUGAAUUAUUGAAAAACUACGACAGGCGGGCCCUUCCAACAAGUCACAUUGGCAUUCCAACGGUUGUUUCUUGUGAAAUCUACAUCAGGAGUUUCGGAUCCAUCAACCCAGAGACUAUGGAUUAUGAGGUAGACUUGUAUCUACGCCAGCACUGGCUUGAUGAAAGAUUACGUAAGCCCAACCUUUCCAAGCCACUAGAUCUGAACGAUCCCAAGCUAGUGCAGCGGAUAUGGAAACCUGAGGUGUUUUUCGCCAAUGCCAAACAUGCAGAAUUCCAAUACGUUACAGUACCUAAUGUACUGGUGCGCAUAAACCCCUCGGGAGAAAUCCUCUACAUGCUCAGACUGAAAUUGACGUUCUCAUGCAUGAUGGAUCUUUAUCGAUAUCCACUGGACUCGCAAGUUUGUACCAUCGAAUUGGCUUCAUUUUCCAAGACAACUGAAGAACUAAACUUGACCUGGUCCGAGGAAAAACCUGUCAACCUUUACGAAAAUCUCAAACUUCCUCAGUUCGAAAUCACCGACAUGAAUACGUCAGUGUGCAAUGAAAAGUUCCACAUCGGUGAGUACAGCUGCUUAAAGGCUGAGUUUUAUCUACAAAGAUCAAUCGGAUAUCACCUGGUACAAUCUUACCUUCCCACAGUCUUAAUCGUUGUCAUUUCUUGGGUGUCCUUUUGGCUAAACGUCGAGGCAAUUCCUGCCAGAAUAACCCUUGGCGUCACUACUCUGCUGACUAUUUCCUCAAAGGGUUCUGGUAUCCAGAAUAACUUGCCUCCUGUUUCGUACGUGAAGGCGAUGGAUGUUUGGAUGGGGGCGUGUACUACCUUCGUCUUCGCUGCUCUUCUGGAGUUCAUCAUUGUCAACUAUCUCUGGAGAAAACGCAUAGAAAGUUCGUCUUCUGUUGCUACAGAUGCGAGCCAGAUCUCUCUAAAACUGAUUUCUAGCUCUACAGACUGCAACGGGGACUCGAAGAACGUCAUUAAGUCCAGCGAACCUAAUGGACCAGAAGACGAAAAUAUCGAAUUCCAUACUGUUACUCCAGGCAAGCUGCGUGCCAAGAAAAUUGACCGGUUGUGUCGGAUUGCUUUUCCUUGUGCUUUCCUGGUCUUUUGUGUCGUUUACUGGCCGUACUACUUAAUGUAACAACCAGUGAUCACACUUCGUCUUUAAUUCCUCUUAUAGUUUGUAUUUAAUUAGGUCAGAAUUCCUCUGUUAUUGGUUAGAUAAGCCUAUUUUCUAAUUAACAUAAUGUUUUAUCUACUGUAGGUAACGUUUUUGCUCUAAUUACUUAUCGUAUCUAUCUCUUAAGGUAAACUCAAUAUAUAUAUACUUUGUAUGCCUAUAAUAUAUCUGUGCAUUUCUGAUCAUUUCUGGAAAUAAUGUUUGUACAGAUGUAGUAAAAUAAGAGUAGCAGAUGUAUUUAAGGUAAGAGUGAAUUAUUAUUAUACAUUAUCAAAUAUCUUGUACAUCAGUAUCUUCUACAGUUCAAAAGUGUAUUGCUAUUCAGCUAACUUUACGUAUAUAAGAUAUUAUAUUCCUCAUUUUUAGGGUAUCUGUUCACUUAUGUACCUUUAUAUGCGUCUUUGUGUGUAUAUAUAUAUAUAUAGUGGAGUUAACAAACAUGGUGCAGAUUAAAAAUGAUCUAUUUACGAUAAGAAUAACUAGAGAAAUGUUCAAUUCGUUUUAUAAUGUAAGCGAUCUUGUCAAAAGUGGAUUCUUCAGGCAUUAAUUUGGUUCUAAAUAUGACCUCAUUGACGGAGUUACAAAUCUAAACAAGAAGGAAUCAUCAAUAGCCGCCGCACUUGAAAGUUUUUUCAUGCAGGAUUACAGUAACUUAAUCUAUGAUACCUUUGUUUUCCUUUUUAUUAGUUAUAUUUUUGUGCGCCAGCAAUACCUAGUGUGGGAUGCACGUAUACCAGAUUGGAUUUUAUUACUCAUCAGGAUCUCUCCUAGUCACAGGAUCUCUCAAAUUGAAAU